AUGAUUGAAACUUUAACCGCCGAAAAUGCUUCUGCUCAUGAAGCUCUGCAUUGUUUACAUAUGUUACGAUCAGAUGCGAACUCAGGUCUGUCCACUGCAGAAGCGUCGUUACGGAGGCAAUAUCAUGGGUAUAAUGAAUUUGAAGUUUCCGAACAAGAACCAUUAUGGAAAAAAUAUACAGAACAAUUUAAAAAUCCCUUAAUUCUUCUACUACUCGGUAGUGCAGUCGUAUCGCUCUUGAUGCGACAAUUUGAUGAUGCAAUCAGUAUCACUGUAGCCGUUGUUAUUGUAGUUACCGUAGGAUUUGUUCAGGAGUAUCGAUCUGAAAAAACGUUGGAACAAUUAAAUAAACUAGUCCCGCCUGCAUGUCAUGUUCUUCGCGACGGCAAGGAACAUCCUUUAUUAGCUCGCGAACUAGUGCCAGGCGAUAUUGUUUUAUUGAAUACGGGUGAUCGCGUACCGGCUGAUGUUCGACUUGUGGAGGCUUUUUCUCUACAGAUUGAUGAAAGUUCACUCACUGGAGAAACUGAGCCCAAGCAUAAGCAUAAAGAUAUUAGUUGUAUGGGAUGCCAUACAGUAUUCGGCUUCAUUGCCUUCAAUAUUACAAAAUUAUUUGGGCUAUGUAAGGGGAGUAUCGAGCAGUAG